ACGGAAAAUGAAAUCCUGCUAAAAUUUGUCUCUGGCCACCUAGGUGAAACCUUAACUUCUUCACUUUGGAAUGCUGACCCCAUUUGGAGCUGGUGUCUCCUGGGUGGCUACCCUCAAGCCUUACGCUGGAAUAAACUCUUAUCCUUAAUCAUAUUUCCUGAACCUAUUUAAGGUCGACAGGAGAGGGAAGCGGAGAUGUCUUGAGAUAAAGCUGAAUAAAGUUUCUCAAGAAAAAAGGGAAAGGGACCUCUGAGCUGUACGUUGUUUUCUAACUCUAGGGAGUUAGAGGUGAAGUAGGAACUUGAAGUUGGAAGUGCUGAGUUGGACAGCCCUCAUCUCUAGGCAAUACUUUAGUAAAGUGGAAAAACGGGAGAAGACGACGAAGGCUAGGGAGAGAUGCACCCAACCCAGUCCCGGGUUUCCCACUAGCUCUCGGAGUUGGGUACAAAGAGUGUUUCAAAACCCCAUCUCCUGUGCUCAGCCCAGUGCUCCGGUAGGUCAGGUCUCCGGAACGCGUAAACAAAAGCAAACAGCUGAGCGGCGGAGGGCGCUGGCGACAGGUGUGGGUGUGCCCUGAGGAUGCGUGGCGACUUCCCGGAGCAGCGAGUCUGUGAGGCAACGAUGGAAGACACUGCACUCCACAGCAUAGCAGCAGGCCCUGCCCUGGAUGGCUCCAAGUAAAAGACAGUUCCCCAGAAGCCGUCGGCCGCCGGCGAUUCGCCUCCUCCCGCGCCAGACCCCGCCUCUCCCCCCGACUACCGGUGCCAUCCAGAUGCCCCAGGCGGGACCCCAGCUCACGAAGCCCACCGGCCGAAGCUCCCCACAGGCUAGAGAGCCGCUCCUUCGAGGCCAAACUUCCGAGAGGCGGCCUGCGCCUAGCACGCAGGCGUGGAAAGCUAGGCGCCAGCCUCAAACUGACCGCCGCCACCUGCCUCGGGCCGCGCCGUCCGCCGUUUACUUUCGAACGAGCCCAGCAAUAGUUCCCAUUGGCCGAUGCCGCGCAGUUGAAAGCUGCCUGCAGACUGCGCCUGCGCCGCGAGGCUCCGGGCGGCCCCGCCCGGCCUGGGCACCUGAAUCUCUUCGGGGCGGAGGAGGGCGGGGACUCGGGGCGACUCUCAGCAUCAGCCAGGAGCCGGUGGCUCUCAGUUUCGGCGCUGUGGAGUCGCCUACUCCGCCUCCUCCCCGCGGUGAGUCUAAGGACCUUUACGGAUCCGAGAAGAAUAAGAAUAAAAGAUUCUGGAGGAGUUGGAGAGAGUGUAUUCAGUCCCCAAACCAGGAGAUCAACAAAGAAAUGCACAAUUUUGAGGAAGAGUUAACUUGUCCCAUAUGUUACAGUAUUUUUGAAGAUCCUCGUGUACUGCCAUGCUCUCAUACAUUUUGUAGAAAUUGUUUGGAAAACAUUCUUCAGGCAUCUGGUAACUUUUACAUAUGGAGACCUUUACGAAUUCCACUCAAGUGCCCUAAUUGCAGAAGUAUUAUUGAAAUUGCUCCAACUGGUAUUGAAUCUUUACCUGUUAAUUUUGCAUUAAGGGCUAUUAUUGAAAAAUACCAGCAAGAAGACCAUCCAGAUAUUGUCACCUGCCCUGAACAUUACAGGCAACCAUUAAAUGUUUACUGUCUACUAGACAAAAAAUUAGUUUGUGGUCAUUGCCUUACCAUAGGUCAACAUCAUGGUCAUCCUAUAGAUGACCUUCAAAGUGCCUAUUUCAAAGAAAAGGACACUCCUCAGAAACUGCUUGAACAGUUGACUGACACACACUGGACAGAUCUUACCCAUCUUAUUGAAAAGCUGGAAGAACAAAAAUCUCAUUCUGAGAAGAUGGUCCAAGGUGAUAAGGAAGUCGUUCUCCAGUAUUUUAAGGAGCUUAAUGAUACAUUAGAACAGAAAAGAAAAAGUUUCCUAACAGCUCUCUGUGAUGUUGGCAAUCUAAUUAAUCAAGAAUAUACUCCACAAAUUGAAAGAAUGAAGGAAAUAAGAGAGCAGCAGCUUGAAUUAAUGACACUGACAACAUCUUUACAAGAAGAGUCUGCACUUAAAUUUCUUGAAAAAGUUGAUGAUGUACGCCAGCGUGUAGAGAUCUUGAAACAAAGACCACUUCCUGAGGUUCAACCUGUCGAGAUUUAUCCUCGAGUAAGCCAAAUAUUGAAAGAAGAAUGGAGCAGAACAGAAAUUGGACAAAUUAAGAACGUUCUCAUUCCCAAAAUGAAAAUUUCUCCAAAAAGGAUGCCAUGCUCCUGGUCUGAUAAGGAUGAAAAGGAAAUUGAAUUUUUUAAAAUUUUAAACAUUGUUGUAGUUACAUUAAUUUCAGUGAUACUGAUGUCAAUACUCUUUUUCAACCAACACAUAAUAACCUUUUUAAAUGAAAUCACUUUAAUAUGGUUUUCUGAAGCCUCUCUAUCUGUUUACCAAAGUUUAUCUAACAAUCUGCAUGAGGUAAAGAAUAUACUGUGUCACAUUUUCUAUUUGUUGACGGAAUUCAUGUGGAAAAUAGUUUCUCAUUGAAAACGUCAAUCUGAAUUGUUUAAAUGGGCUCAUUCUGUACACUGCUAAAUGAAAAAUAGGGUGGCAGCAUGAAUAAAUAGCAAACUAAGCUUUAUUAGUGCUGCAACUAAUAUAAACAAAGUUUAUAUUUGUUGCUUUUGGUUAGCAAUAUGUCAAAGUUAGAAAUAUCUGAAAUAUUCCAAUCUUUGGGAAAAUCUAGUAACUAAUUUGAAAAAUACACUGUCUCAUUUUUAUUGGCUUUAUGAAGGUUGACAUAAUGUUGCUGUGACAUUUAAACAUUCUUGUACCAAGUUAAUUGGCUUUACAGUUCUUUAU